AUGCCGAAACAGAAGCUUUCGCUGGUGUCUCGCAAUGACGAACUUGAACACCAGAUCGGUGAUGAUACCGCAGAAAAUGUCAAGCAAUCAUUGAAAGAAUGGGUCCUUGAGGCCUGGAAAUUCACUUUGACCAGUGGUACCUUUGUGGCUACACUGAUUCUUCUGAUCAAUGCUAUCACUCUGAUUGUCAUUUCCGCCAAGUACCCAUUGAUUGAUGGAAAGGUGACAUUUUUCACUGGAAGCUGUCAGACCACGAGCACAGUGAACACUGUUGCACAUGUGGUCAUAAACGUUUUGAGCACAAUAUUAUUCGCCUAUAGCAACUUCGGCAUCCAGUGUUUGAGCUCGCCUUCGCGCAAAGAGAUCCAAGUAGCCCAUGACCGAAAGAAAUGGCUCAGUAUUGGAACUCCCAACAUCCGAAACCUCUUCUUCAUUUCCCGAGAGAAACUAUGUAUUAUACUGCUUCUCAUCGUCAGCUCGUUUCCAUUGCAUACAUUUUGGAACGCGGUUGUUUUCGAAACGAUAACCACAAAUGAUUACCUUGCAGUCGUCGCUACUGAAAACUUUAUUACUGGGGCAGACUGGACUCUUCCACUGCAUGAACAUGAAUCUGAAGAAUCAAUGCACCGCGAGAUCAUUACGAAGCUCCAAAAGGCGCUGGAGAUGGAAGAACUCGAGGAACUGGAUCCUCGGUCCUGUUAUGACGCCUACAACUCUGAAACUAUCAUCAAAGACCGACGAAAUGUUCUUCUGAUUACCGAUAAAUCAUAUCAGAGAGUAAACAGCCACUCGGCAGUCCUGGCGGCACAUGAGCACCGAUUUCAGCCCGGGAUCUUAGACCCGGGAGAUUCUAUUUGGAAGGACAGUAAUCAGGCCUACAUCGACAGUUGGACCAGCGUGCCUAUCACCCAAUGCUAUUCAGAGAGGGUCGAUGAGAAGUGCAAAGUUAAUAUGAUCCCUGCAUUCUUGAUUGUUGUUAUCGUUUGCAAUAUUAUCAAAAGUGGGGCUUGUCUGCUGGCUUUGGUUAUUACUCGGGCGCAUCCUCCUUUGGUGACCACUGGUGAUGCGAUUCAGUCAUUCCUUGAAGAACCUGACAAAUUCACAAAAGGGAGAUGCCUGGCAUCCAAGAAAAGCUACGAUAAUUUUCAAUCUUGCAUCUUGCCAGGCAGAUCGCAGGUGUGGAGUUCGCGACUAUUGAAUAACGGCGGUGAUAUCUGGAAUGGUGGGCGUGCUAGUUGGCUGCGUGCUCCAAGCACCUGGCAAUAUAUUAUCAUCAUAGCUCUGUGGCUUGCUAUGCUAGGCAUUGGAGCCCUGGGCGCCACGAUAAUUGCAUUCGGAGGAUCUGGAAACAUACCCACGACUGACCUUGGAGUCUCCUGGUCCUCCUUUGCUUCUCCUAAUUCCGAAGGAUUCAAUUUACCGGGAAAAAGCCGCAUACUUGCUUUCUUCCUAGUAGUCAACCUUCCACAACUCGGGGUAUCCUACAUAUACCUUGGUCUGAAUAACAUCAUGUCCACAAUGCUGGCCAUGCACGAAUGGUGUGGUUAUUCACCCGCAUCCCAGAAACCAGCCAAGAGUCUUCGGGUGUCAUCUCCUAUUCCAAACACCGAGCAACGUGCUCCAUAUUUUCUCUCUAUUCCAUACAAAUGGGCAAUUCCUUCAUCUGUGAUCAUCACCGCGAUUCAUUGGUUUGUGUCCGAAGUCUUGAAUAUCAUUCAGAUUGACACUUACGGAAUCGGAGUUAACAAUAGCACAUCCAGCCAAAUCACCACCGCAAACUGCCUUUUUUUCGGGCUAAAGCCUUUCUAUAGCGCUCUUGGUCUUGGUUGCGGGGGUAUAAUUGUGUUCUUGUUAGUUUUCUCUUUCAUGAAAUACCCAACUGCAAUCCCGAUGGCGGGUUGCUGCAGCGCAAGUAUUGCCGCUGCCUGUCAACCAUGUAGCAUAGGCGGAGAGGACCCCGAUCCAAAUAUCGAGUUUCCUUUGGGUCUGGCUCGCCGCAAGUUGAAAUGGGUUGUCGUUAAGAAGCCCGAAGAAACUCGAUCUGGUAUCGGUCAUGCGACAUUUUCUGCCGACGAUGUGGCAACUUUAAAGGAAGGGCAGAAAUACGCUUGA